ACACACACACACACACCGAGAGGGCGGUCUGCUAUACAAAAAGCUUCCCUCACCUCUCCCUCAUCUCAGACUUGGAAGAGGACCUCCUGCAAGGCUCCAUUAUGGCCCGAGUGCGUUUAUCCGCGAAUGUUUUGUUCCUACUGUUCCAGAGCGCACUUGUGUUGGCGUUCCACUCUGGUAAUGAACCGGUGCGAAAAAGAAGAGAAUGGAUCCUCCCUCCAAAGCCACUCAAAGAGAAUGAAGAUUACACGGGAAAGGAGUCGAUCGCCAAGAUUCGAUCAGAUUUCGAAACUCACCGGAACAUCAGCUACUCCCUGGAGGGCAUCGGUGCAAGCCAGUACCCCUUCAACGUCUUCGUGGUGGACUCCAAAACGGGACUCAUUCGCGUCACCCAACUGCUCGACAGGGAGGUCAUCAGUACCUACAAUGUGAGCGACACGCCGCCUUCAAAUCAUCAACUUUUUACUAUUUACCUGUAUGUAUAUAUUUGUUCUACUAUGUCUCUGUUUCCAGGGACGCCGGUCACAACUGUCACAGCGACUGACGCCGAUGAACAGGGCAACCCCAACUCUCAGCUGCUCUACACCAUCGUGAAGCAGACCCCACCUCAUAACAUGUUCCGCAUGCACAACGAUGGUAACAUCUAUGUGGACAAAUCCACUCUGGAUAGAGAGACGACAGAUCAGUACUUUGUGACAGUGCAAGCUCAGGACCUCAAUGGCGACCCUGACGGCCUCACAGGAACCAGUACCUUGACCAUCAAUGUGCUGGACAUCAACGACAACCUUCCAACGCUGGAAAAAGACGAGUAUGAGAGAAGCAUAAUGGAGAACACUAAGGGUGUGGAGGUGGUGAGGAUCAAAGCUCAAGACCUGGAUCUGAAGGACACCGAAAACUGGCAAAGUGUGUUUGAUAUCGUCAAAGGCAACGAGGCCAAGUACUUCAGCAUCAAAACGGACACAAAGACCAACGAGGGCAUCCUAAUGCUUGACAAGGCUGUGGAUUAUGAGGACGUGAAGGACUUUGUACUUGAACUCACCGUGAGGAACAAGGCUCCACUUUAUGAAGGACUUCCGCAAAGCACGACACGUAAACCCUAUCGUGUCAAAAUCCACGUACAAAACCAGCGUGAAGGCCCAUAUUUUGAUCCCAAAGUCAAAGUGAUCACCCUGCCGGAGGGAGGCGGCACUCCUGGCAAAGAUGUCAUUGCUCACUAUCCAGCACUAGAUGGCGACACCGGGAAACCAGCUGAGAAAGUCAAGUAUCUUAAAGGUUUGGACCCUGACAAUUGGCUCACCAUCGACCCAGAAACCGCUGACAUCAGAUUGAAUAAGAUGCCCGACAGAGAGUCCACUUUCUUGGUCAACGGAACAUAUUACGCUCAAGUGAUCUGCAUUUCUGAAGACAUCCCCUCGAGCACCGCCACUGGCACUGUGGCCAUCCAGGUGGAAGACCUUAACGACCACUGUCCCACCCUGACUGGUACCACCCAAACUCUGUGCAUUCCCGACGAUGCCGUCAUUGUCACCGCCGUCGACGAAGACGACUUCCCCAAUGGAGCUCCUUUCACCUUUGAAAUAAUCUCAGAGGCAACUGAGGGAAAAUGGCAGGCGGAGCAUCUUAAUGAUACCGCAACCAUCCUGAGAGCGCAGCGGUCCUUAUGGCCUGGUCUACACAAGGUGGAAUUACUGGUCAAGGACCAGCAGGGGCAGGCGUGCUCGGAACCGCAGAAAAUGAUGGUCCAAGUGUGCACAUGCGAGGAUGGAUUUAUCUGUGGAAGACGAGGCGGAAGUGGUCAGCCCGACAAGAAAUCUGAGUUCGGACCCGCAGGCAUCGGACUGCUACUCCUGGGCCUGCUAUUGAUACUGCUGGUUCCCCUGCUGUUGCUCUUCUGUCAGUGUGGGGGGGCUGCGGGGCUGCCGGGGACUGCGGCGGUCAUACCGUUUGAAAGCGAGUCCCACUUGGUCACUUACUCCACUGAAGGCCAAGGGGAGAACGCGGAGGUGCCGCUAAACCUCAUCCCGACACAGCUGUUCGCUGAAGACGUGAGCGAUCACAUGAAGCAGUCGGUCUUUCAGGACACCUUCCAGGGAAACAUGGAACAGUCCUGGGCAAGAAGACAAGCCAACGUGAACACCUUCUACUCCAGUUUUGGGGCUGCAGCGGUAGGACACAAGGCCAUGGAAGUGCAUGACAGCAUCGCUUUACCGGACCACCUGAUCGCCCAAUACUACCAACAGAAGGUGUACAGCGAAGGUGGCGGAGGCAGUCUGGCGGAGAAGGAUGCUCUUUUGAAGUACAAUUUUGAGGGCCAAGGCUCCUCAGCCGGCUCGGUGGGCUGCUGCAGCCUCCUGGAGAACGACAAUGACCUGCAGUUCCUCGACAACCUCGACGCCAAGUUCAAGGCCCUGGCGGAAGUGUGCCGCGGCCGCAAGUUCGGAGCAAAUGUCAUUCCACCACCAACAAAGGUCAUGACUGGACCAAGGCCGGAACUCCCGAAGUUACCUCCACUUGUCCCCGUGGUAGACCAGACUGUGACUCAAGUGGCGAAUGAAAACAUGACUUGGCGGAACCAAGGGAUUACUGCAAUGAAGGCAGGGAUGGAAAACCAAGGCCAGAUGUUCUUGUUACAGCAGCAGCAGCCUGUCUAUUACCCC